UCCCUCCUCCCUCUUUCCAUCAUCCAGUGAAUUUCAGCUGUGCGUGUAUGCGUGCGCCUUCUCCGACUCUCGGGCGCGUUUGCGUUCAACUCCUGAACUCCGGCCCCGACGACGACUGCUGUGUGUGGCGGCUGAGUGUAGUGUGUGGUAUUUUUCGGUCAAGAGCUCAAGAGUCCUCGUCGGUUCGUGUGGCAGAUUCCAUGCCCCUCUGGUUCUCGGAUUCCCCGUGGAAGCUUCUUGGUUCGGAGUAGAUUCUAGCGCGAGGUGUUGUUCGAUUUCGCGGAGUGGUGCCUCCUCAAUAUGGGACCGAUUCGGGGACUUUGAAGCAGGUCAUUCCGGGACUGGGAUGACCCCCGCCCUAGCCUGAAGAGAGAGAAAAAGUGUGUGUUGUGGAAAAUCUUGUGGAAAAUUGUUGUCCAGCGAUCCCAGGACUUGACCGGACCUCGGAACAAGUGCCACGGAUGAUGGAAGAACCUGCCACAAAAGCAGCAACAGCAACAACAACUCGGUCAGCCCCAGCAGUCGGUCGUUGGCUGGGUGGAGGACGAUUUUCCAAAGUGGGAAAAUCGACAAGAUUGUAGCGACGACGACGACGGCGACCAGAAAUUCGAGAGCGCGAGAAGGCCGGAGCAAUCCGGGAGAACGAAUCCGCCGAAAUUAAUGCGAUCGAGCGAGUGAAACUGAGGGGCAAAGAGAGCAAGUGUCGAUUUGUUUCAGUGUGUGAGAGUGAGCGAGUGUGGGAAUAAGAACGGGUGGAAACAAAAGAGGAAAAAGAGUCAACACAAAAAUUAGCAGGGUGUGUGUGACGAGUGAGGAAAUUUAGAGGAAAACGAAUAUCGCCGAAAGAGCAAAAAGAAAGAAAGAAGGAUUACAGAAAAGGAAGAAACGAAGAUAGAAGAAGGAAAAAAUCAGCAACAAAACAAGUGCAAAAUCGACCGAAAAGGUCAAAUUUUUGUGGAUUACUUUUCGUGUUUUUCUUUUCCCAAAUCUUCACACUGGUUGGUGUUGUGUUGGUAGAUUCCACCGAUUACGUACGGGAUGCUGCUGGAGGUGUAACCGAGGCCACAAACAACAACAAAAGGCAACAGCUGCGCUGCGCGCUGCGAACAACCACACAGAAACAAUUGUAGCACCUUCCCGAUGAGGUGUUGCUGUCGAAGAAGACGACGAAGAAGAAUCUAGACCCGCGCGCGUUGAUAACGCGCCUAUCGCGAUUGAAUUAGAAUAGUAACGCACACACGCACACACUCACGCAGAAAUGUCCAGCUGGGCGCAACGGAUGCACCGGCGGGCGGCGACCCUCGGCAGCGUGGUCACGUCGUGUGGCCACCCGGGCUCGCCGUACCCGCACCGGCUCGAGAAGGUCAAGUUUGGCGUGCCGCUGGACGAGGUGUGCAAGAACGACAUUCCGGGCCCGCUGUUGGUGCUGAUCCUGAAGCUCAACAAGGAGGCCCCCUCCCGGAAGGACGUGUUCCGGGCGCCGGGCCACCAGGGCGCCAUGAAGAAGCUGAUCCACUUUCUGCAGCAGGGCCGGCUCGUCAACGUGGACAACUACUCGGUGUACACGAUCGCGUCGGUGCUGAAAAAGUUCCUGCGGAAGAUCCCGGGCGGGGUGUUUGGCCGGGACGGCGAGACGGAGCUGUUCCAGAUCGUGGACAUUGGCGAGGAGGAGGUGCAGCAGGAGAAGAUGCACAAACUACUGAUGUCACUGCCAGGCCACACGCAGCGCCUUUUGGUGCUGCUGUUUGGCACCUUCCGGGUGAUCGCCAGCAAUUCGGAGCGAGCCGCGACCGGGAUGACCAGCGAGGCGCUGGGCGUGUCGGUGGCGCCCAGCUUCUUCCAGUCGUGCGUCAGCGACGGCAAGACGGCCCGGAUGGAGGACGUGCUGCGGUUUAAGGCGGAAGUAACUGUCGCCACCAAGAUCAUGAAGCAGAUGAUCGAGCAGUUCGCCGCGUACGACCUGUUCGGGCGGGACAACUACGAGUACUACGCCCGCGUGACCGGCCGCGUCCUGCGGGUCCAGGACGAGUGGAUCUGCUCGUUCCGGUAUCCGCCGCCGCCGCGGGGCAAAACGGCCCAGCAGAACUACGCGUUAAAACUAGCACUAGAAACCGAGAAAACCUGGCUGCAGUGCGAGUGCGAACGAUGGGGACUAAUCGCCCAGGAGGAAUCGCACUCGACGCCGGCCCUGCUGACGACCGGCGGCCCCAACGUCGGCAACUCGGCCAUCUCCCUCGGCAUCAUUCCAGAGCACUCGCUGCUCGAGUCCUGCGCCCGGCUCUCGGUCUCGCUGGAAGGGCCCGGCAUCUUCCAGGGCGUCGGCGGCAAGUCCAGCUGUUCCGGCUCGUCCCACUCGAGCUCGUCGACGACGACGCGGUCCGGCUCGCAGCACCACAUGACGCUGGACGAGCUGCGGGCGGUCAACCGGUACGCCGAGAGCACCAAGAGCCUGUCCUACCUACCUCAGCAGGUCCACGAGCGGCAAGCGGCCCGGAUGCGAACCCGGUCCGAGUGGUUCCUGGGGGCGCGAGGCUCGCUGGAACUGUACAACCCGGGCAUGAUCACGUCGACGCCCAUUCCGGGCAGUCUGCUAGGAGGUCCCGGCGGAGGAGGAGGAGGCGGCGGCGCUGGAGUAGGACCAGGAGGCCACCAUGGGCACCACGGCCAUCACGGAAUUAUCGGUACCUAUUGCCAGAGCGUUGACGAGCAUUUGAAUGAUAUUGUUGUUGUUGAUGUUAACCAUCUUGCCACUAAUCAUCAUCAUCAUCAUCUGCGACACCACCAUCACCAUCAUCAUCAUCACCCACUGCAUAACAAGCGCACCACGUUCCGGCAGUCGUCGGCGGCGGCCACGGCGGGGACACCCGGCGACCCGGGCUGGUUCUUCGAGCACUGCGACUCGAUCGAGAUCAUCGCGCCGGAUCGACCGGACGCAGACGAAGACGAUGACGACGAGGGCGUCGUUGACGAUCUUCAAGACGACGAAGACGAGCACGACUUUGCCGUCAUCCAGGCGCACCACUUUGACCAGCGUGCGGAGAAUCGCCGGCGGCGGCGUCGUCGAAUGAUCCGUCAGCGACGUCACUCGUACGAUCAGGUCAUGUCAAACGCGUCCAUGUCGAUCGUCAACUGCAGUCGGCCGGCGGAACCAGUCGCGAAGCCACCGGUGGUCACGUCCACGCCGCCGACGACGACGACCGUCGGAACGGAACAUAACCACCAGAAUGCCAAAGCUGACCGUGACGUUGUGACGGCUGCUAGUGUUGCCAACAAUGCAAGUGCGGUCGCCACUAGGGUUGCUAGUAACAGCAUAAACCAGACGACGUUGAGUCGUAGUCAGUCGAGGAACGCGAGUUCGGUCGGGAACAAUACGUCCCGGCAGAGCAAUCUGUCCAUUUUGGUGUUUACCGUGUUGGAUUUUCUGUUCUAGAAGGACAAUGGUUUGGGUUUUGAGAGUGUUGAGUUUUUCGUUUGGUGUGGUUAAGGAUUUUUCUAUUUGUAAAUUUUGAAAUCACCACUUAACGUAUUCCUUCUUUCAGCAGACAUUUUUAUAGUUUUCAAAUAUUAUUUAAUUGAUUUUGUUAGUUAAUUCUUGAAAAUAGUUUUAAAACAUUUUAUGAAAUUAAUCGUAAAGAAACUGAGCAGUUCUCUACGGAAUCGGUCUUUUUUCUUUAAUUUUAAUUUUUGUAUUUUUUAAUCCGGCUGAAACUUUUUUGGUGCCUUCGGUAUGCCCAAAGAAGCCAUUUUGCAUCAUUAGUUUGUCCAUAUAAUUUUCCAUACAAAUUUGGCAGCUGUCCAUACAAAAAUGAUGCAUGAAAAUUCAAAAAUCUGUAUCUUUUGAUGGAAUUUUCUGAUCGAUUUGGUGUCUUGGGCAAAGUUGUGUACACUCAAUAUUACGCCCAUUUGAAAUGUUAGUCUUGAUUUUAAAUUUUUGAAAAUAUUUUUUUCGAAAAGAUCUGAAAAUUUCACGAAUGUUUCAUAUUUUAACAUUGUAAAUCGGACCUACAGUUGCUGAGAUAUCGACAUUAGAAAAUGGUGGGUUGUUUGGGUGAGACUUAGAAAACAUCAAUUUUCUUGUUUUUUAACCUUUGCAUGGCAAUAUCUCAGCAACUAUGGGUCGUAUCAACAAAACCCGAAAAAGCAAAAUAUAGAGAAUUUUCUC